CUCUUCUCCCCUAAAUCCCGGCACUCACCGAACCCGCACCGAAAAUCCCGAUUCUUCUCCGGAAUCCCCACCAGAAACACACAAACACAAUCCCUUUUGACUAAAUUUAGCUCUCCACUUCACUUCUCACUCUCGCAAUUUCCUCACAAUUUCCACACCAAAAAAUGGCCACCCCCACUGCCCCCACCAGUUCCACUUCCUCUAGCUCCACCACCCCCACCUCCAGCUCCUCCUCCCUCAUCGUCCUAAAAUCCUUAUCGAUCCUGCUCGGAAUUUUCUUCAUUUUCCUCGGCGUCAUGAAAGUCACUCCCUUCAUCUCCAAAGAACUGCACAAGGAUGCCCGCAAAGAAUUCGUGAAAUACUCCAAGGUCUUCCCACUGAGCGAGACUCUCGGGUUCAAAAUCCCCUCGAAAUGGUAUCGGAGGUGCUUCGGGGGGUUCGAAAUCGCUUGUGGGUUGAUCCUCGCGGUGGUGCCGAGUGCCCCCUUGAAACGCGGGGUGAACCUGAUCCUCGUGGGAAUGUCGCUCCUCUCCGUGUACAACCACUGCCUCACGGAUGACAAGUUUGAGAGGACCUCCACUGCGCUGGUCCUCUUCUUCAUGACCACCUGCCGUCUGAUCGUGGAUUUCCAGUCGGACAAGAAGCUCCUCUUCUCCUUCCAAACCUCCUCAACCACCGAAAAAUCCUCCCCGUCACUCUCCGAAGAUUCACAAGAUUCAUCAUCACACGUGAAAAGCGAUUGAAUUUUAUUACUCUUAAUUUUUUGAAAUAAAAAUAAAUAAAAAAAUCUACUCCUCCAA